AUGGCGGCCAAAGCAUCUACUACAUCUGUACUGGCACGCCGAAUUCUGUGGUUAAGGUCCUGGAAGGUGGACAUAGACUCCAAGAAGACCUUGGAGGGGCUCCCUUUUAAGGGAGACAUCCUAUUUGGAGAGGAUCUGAAUAAGAUAGUGACUGACUUGGCGUUCCUCCCAAGUACUAAUCCUUCUACACCGAAGGUCUCAUCGGCAGCGCAGAACCUGAGGGCCGGUAACACAGAGUCCCAGAAGACAGAAGGGCGCAACAUAGAAUCGUUUCUCUCUCAGGCGCUUUGCCCUGAUGAAACGCUGCUCAAUCGCUACGCAGCCAUGAUCUAUACAAGCGCAGACAAUGGCAGCAUCUUCCAGGAGCUGGAUGGAGCCAGCGUAUGUGACAGCUGCGGCGAGAAGACUGUGCUGUGUCCUCACAAGGUCGGAGGAACUCGGGUGAUUUGUCUCCCCAAGAACUGCAGCCACAUAAAGCUGUGCAGACCCCGGGCCCACCAGUGCACUGUGAAGGCCAAGAUCGCAGCGAGCAUGGCGCGGCCUGGCAAAGGGGGCACAGAAAUAACGCAGAGCAGCCCUGGAAACCAAUCAGCAACAGCCGAAAGUCAGGGACGCCAGGCCAAGCGUUUGGAGUUAUUGAAGCUGGAGAAGGACUUUGAGCUGCAGUUACAGCUGAAGAGAGACCUCCCCCGGGCGAUAUCUCUGGACCUCUGCGUCUCUCUUACACACCACCUGAUGGUUACCCUGAUACGUCAGCUGGAGGGGACGUCACAGAGCCUCACCAUACAGGAGACGGUGUGGGAAGUCCUCAGGAAACGCUAUGUGAAUGAUGAUAUAAGCUGCCGUGGACUCCAGGACUAUCUGUCUGCUGUGGUGAGAUAUUCCUCUGAUAGUCAGGUAGUGUCCCUCCUGGGCUUGGUGCUGCAGUGUGAUAUGGAUCCUACAGUACUGAGCUAUGUUCUCCUCAUGGCUGAGAUGGUGUCCAUGUGCCCACUGUCAAACCUGGACCAGGUCCAGCUCUUUCUCCAUACUCAGUACCCAUUUCUAGAGGACACAGAAUGGGACCGCCUGCUUCUGGAGUUCACUUCCUACAGCAGGAGAUGUGUGUCUCCCCCAACUGUCAUGGGGUUUAUCUUACACAUGAUUCUGCAGAACCAAGAGCCCCUUAUCACAGAGUGUGAAGAUGUACUGUCUACACACACCAAGACGCAUGCUGACUGUCUCACUGCAGAGGAGCUGUCUGGAGCACUGGAAGAGAUGUGUCCGCUGAGGAGCAAGAUGCAGAUUCAGUCCCUCAUCCAGCACUGCGGAACCCUAUCUGGCAGCAGCCUCACUCCCCUCCACAAAGCCGCACAGAUUACAGCGUGUCAGCUCCAAAGAGACAAACAGCGGCUGUCCAUUCACCAUGAGACGGAGGAGAACGUCCCAUGUCAUAUGCCUACAGGAGGUAAAGACACAGAACACUGUAAGGGUAUCCGGGACCUGCACAUUCUCCAGCACAUACUCACCGUCCUCAGGAGCAGCGGUCAGCGAUCAGGUCCCUCCGCCACCCAGACUGCGCCUAUUCCUACCAGCACGAGACAUCACUGACCCUGAGAGGACACAGAUCCUAGAGGAGACUUCACAACCAGCCCCUAAGGGGGUAUUCAAUUAGCAGCCGCAGGGUUUACCGCUUGACUAAUUGCUGACAAAAAUCCCUGCGGUGCGGGAAAAGGCUAUUCAAUUAAAUAAAAUCGAGAUUCACGUGCAGAAACCCACUGAUUCCGCGUAAACUGUGUAAUCAAUAUUUUUUUCCCGCGUGCAACACGAUUUUGCGGGGAUUUUCUGCGGACUUCACCUCGAAGCUCCAAGAGCGGCAAGGCUUAGUCCGUCUGUGGGAACUCGCGCGCGGGGUAUUCACCGCUAAUUGAAUACCUCUGGAGCUGCAAUUAGCAGAGGGGCUAAUUGAAUUCCCCCUUUUUUGGAUAAAAAUCACUGACGAAUUGUCAUCCGGGUGCCAGAGAACAAUGCAGCAGAAGCAAGAGUCGGAUGGCGCAGUCCUGAGCUCGGGAGAGAGCGCCGAAUUUACUACCAUUAGGCCUCAGGAUCUCUGAAUUUAUUCCAAGAAUAAAAGCGCUAUUGCAGUUA